AGGGUGAUCUUCAUAGAAGCUACUAAAGACUACAUAGAGUUAUUUUAGCAAAAAUAAGUGGACUAAAUUGCUUUGAGCAAGUAAAAUGGAUCCUUGCUCAGUUGGGAUUCAGCUUCAAGUUACCAAUGAGUGUCAUAAGACCUACUAUACCCGUCACACUGGUUUGAAGACUAAGCAAGAUAUAUCUUCAUCUGACCUACUGUUACUUCAGCUUAGGACUGGAAUGACCCUUUCAGAAAACAAUACAAUUUGCUUCCAUCAUGCAAAAAUAUACAUUGAAAGAUUUGAAGACUUGCAAAAAUCGUGCUGUGAUCCCUUUAAUAUCCACAGAAAACUAUCAAAAAAAAACUUACGUGCAAUUGAUUUAGAUGAUGCAACUUUUCUAAGUGCCAAGUUUGGAAGACAGUUUGUACCAGGCUGGAAGCUUUGUCCCAAGUGUAUGCAGAUAAUAAAUGGAAGCGUGGAUGUUGAAUCUGAAGAUCGCCAAAGAAGAAAACUUGAUUCAGAUGGGCGUACAGCUAAGGCUUUGAAGUCUCUGCAGUUUGCUAAUCCGGGACGACAGACCGAGUUCACUCCAGAGACCAGUAAAAGAGAAAAAAGAAGGCUGCAGACAAAAAAUACUUUGUUUAAUUCAGACAGGCAAGUUAUACCAGCUAAGAGUAAAGUCUAUGAUAGCCAGGGACUUCUCCUUUACAGUGGAAUGGACCUCUGUGAUUGUCUUGAUGAAGAUUGCCUGGGAUGCUUCUAUGCUUGCCCCAAGUGUGGCUCCAACAAGUGUGGAGCUGAAUGUCGCUGUGACCGCAAGUGGCUUUAUGAACAAAUUGAGAUAGAAGGAGGAGAAAUCAUUCGCAAUAAGCAUGUUCAAUAAAUAAGUUUCUGAAUAAAGCCAAGUAUAGGAGAUGAGCAAAAUGAGAGUGUGCCUCUCAGCUAACUUUCUCAAG